GAUCAGUGCGCUUCGUUUGAAAGCAUACACGAUAAUGUAUGCUAUUGAACAUUUCUUAUUUAUUCGCUGGGCUAGGAAUGAUUCACUGGUUGCUGUAAAAAUAGUACACUUGUCGAUACAACGGUAGAACGAAAUACAGCAGAGCUUAUUAGCGAAAGCUGAAAGUCUAAAAAACAAAUAUUUUAAAAAGGUCCGUACAAGUAUAUAAUGCAUAAGCUACAGAAACAGAUUAGCGCAUAGAAGAAUGAAGUAUUUAUAUAGAUAAUGUAAUGUUUAUUUAUCGUAUCCAUACACUAGUCAACCGAGUCUCGACGGGUUAAUCGAUAAGGUAUAGCACUGAACGCAAUAAGAAAAGGGGAUUUUAGUUUCUGUUAAUGAGUUGCUUUUUUAUUUAGCAUCGUGACGAAAAUACCAAAUUAAUGCUGAAAUACUAAAAACAAAUGUAUACAAAUAUCAUAUGAACUCACUGAACUAUUGCAACGAAAAAGUGAAAAACAUUUGAUUCGAUACAGCAUUAAGUAUUCAGUAAAACAAUUGACGGACUUUUCAUUAACUAGUUCAUCCAUCACUAGUAUAUUUUCAUAUCCUUUUUAUCUUGAAUACUCUUUUUAAUUUGUGACAGGCUUUUACAUAUUUUUAAUACUACACAAAAAUUUCUCAGCACAAUAUAUCGAUCCACUUUCAGCUGUCUGUUAGUGUCGCUGCUGUAUGCUAAAUUUACCUUUUUCGAAAUACCCAAUAAAGUAGGAGUAAAAUACGCACCAUUCGCAAUUUACCCAUUACAGGACGGAAUUUACAGUGUCUAACUCUUGUUCUUCAACUAGUAAGCCAGUUGGUUUCGUUUCUUGUUUUUCUGGAAUUUCCCCUCAACUAAUCAUCUAUGCAACCACUUUAUCAAAUAAUCCAUUUUAAAGGCAAAAGAAAAAAACAUUUCUUCUUAAAAAUCAAUUCAUUGAAAUAAAGAAAUACAUUUCUUUAUUUUCCUUUAUUUAGAUCAUCCAUGGGUUCAUCACGUUCAGCAUUAAUUAGUUCAAGGAAUAGUGUUCAAGAUUGUCUUAAUCCAAUUUGUGAAAAUGAUUGUGAUCAACCUUCAGAUUUUUUUAAUGAAAAUCUCUUCAGUCAUUUAUAA